AUGUCGCCAAUCAUAGGUACAACUAUUGCGACCAAUGGGCAGUUAUUCGAACCUCUUGGACGACUGAAAAUCCCGGACGUCGAUUUCGUUCAUGCAUUGAAAGAAGGGUAUGAGUUCUUCUCUUGGGUUGAUCCAUCUAUUUGUAAAAAGUUGAAGAAAAUUAUUCGGGGAUUGUUACGAAAAUCAAAUAAUUUGCGUGUUGAGAAUGAAGAAUUGCGAGAGGAAAACAUGAGAUUGGUUGAAUGCAAGAAGAAACUUGAGUUAGAGAACUCGGUUUGGCAAAUGAAGUUGAAGUCCAAUAAGAAAACCAAAAUUUGGUUGCUUGUGGGGUUUGAUGAUGGAGACGAGAUCGCGCUUGAAUUCCUAGACAAAUAUGAUCGAAUGUCGACUCUAAAGAAGGAGACAACAUUGUCUUCAAUCGUGUCUUCAAUCACCACCAAUCUUGUGGCCAACGCCAACUAUAAAUUCCAAAAGAUCCUCUUUGCAACUUAUUCGCCUUCGAUUGUCCCGAUAUUCCGGCCUCCGGCGGUACUUGAUAUGAAGCAUCCGUCCGAUCUGAAGCCCAACAUCACCAGCAACAGUCUCAUGCUCGCGGUGGAGCAUCUGAGCCUCAGCAGAACAAAAACCCGCGAUUACUCUGUAAUCUCAACCGAAGGCGGCUCGUUCAAAGUAGUACACGAAAAUCUCCCCAAUUUCUCUAUGCUCAGAGCUCAAACUUAUGAUGAUGUCCUAGCGAGCUGCAACAAAUGGAUGUUUUUGGAGUGUAAAGCGGGUAGUGAACCUCCAUAUGAGCUCUUGUGGAAUCCUACGACCUACGAGGUGAGACCCCUUCCGGUAUUUGCUUGGCCGCCGUGUGAUAGAGUAUGUUUGUGUUAUGGUUGGAGUUGUAGGGGCAUUGGGUUUGAUCCUUCAUCUGAGGACUAUAAGGUGAUCCGAUUUGGCCAUAUGGAGAACUGUGAUCAUGAAGCCCAGGCUGUGUUGUUCUCGCUCAAAACUGGUUCUUGGAAGCUAAUCCUGAAUCCUCAUUUUCCCAACUUUGAUGAAAAACAUAUUGUUCACAUAAAUGGAAUUACCUAUUGGAUAGCUAGCCGGUUAGGUUCCGAGUAUAGAUGUCUGUCGGGCAAGGAUGAUUCGCGUGAAAGAUCUCGCUGUUGUUUCGUUUGA